AGCUAAAAGUAAUAGGGAAAGUGAAACCUAAUUUGGGCGGCAGCGUUCUACGAGGUACUUUUGUUCUACUCUCUUCCAACAUUUGAUGAUGGAUUAACAUCUUUUCACCCUCUAACCCACCCACUAAUAUGUUGGCUUUGAAUAUCUGUAAGAUAAACAUGGCUUCAGUGAUGGUUGUGGUCCUUGCUGUAGUUUGUCCCUUCAUCCCUGCUGUGAGGCCCAGUGAAGAAUUGUGGAAAUUGGAAUGUCAGCCUACAGUUGGAAUUGUUGGUCAGACCACAGUUAUCAGAUGCCAUAUCAAAUACAGUGGUGAUAUCGAAGUUGUUGGAGUUGCCUUGACAAAAGUUAAACAGGAUAAGCCAGUUUUUCAACAUAUAAUAAAAGAAACACCAUCAGGAGACCCACGCUUUAGACUAGUAAACCAAGGAAAGGAUCUAUCACUGCAACUCUCUGACACAAUGUUUUCUGAUGAGGGUGAAUAUGAGUACUAUGUUGCAACAAACAUUGGUGAAAAAACAGCAAAACUUAGCAUCAGUGUCACAGCCAAGUAUAAAGAUCCCAUCACAAGUUCGUGGCCUGAAAGUAUAACAGAUGGAGGACCUGUUGACCUUUACUGCAAUGCUACUGACGGCUACCCAGCAGGGACCAUUAAUUGGUUUGACCAAUCUAGAAAAAAUUGGACCAUUAAUUCAAUCCUGACAAAAGCCAUCAAGGACACAAAUGGCUCAAAAUUUGUGGCUUUAUCUAGCAAACUGACUUUCAAGUCUAUUGACUCCAGUCUGGCACCAUUUAGAUGUGUUGUCCUCAACAGCAAAUUUGUCCAGGAAGGAGAGAGGACAUUUCAGAUCAUGCUCAAACAGGAAUCUGAAAAGGUGCCUUUGGGAUCUAAAACAACAAACAUUGUUGCUGGCAUGAUGGUUAUUGGUUCACUUAUUGCUGGUCUCCUUCUUGCUCUGUUGAUUUGCAGAAGAAGAGGUCAUCAGCUAGGUUAUCACUCAGGACAUACUGCUGAAACUGAUAAGGAACAUGGCACUGUUUGGAAUCAGUCUUGAAGCUUCCACUAGUAGAGGAUGAAAAGGACACUAAGCCCUGAUUCAUAUUUUGCAUACUUAGGCCCAAUGACUGCCAUUAUUUCACUAAAACUAAAGUGAAGCUACAAAGACACAAUGACAGAUACUGUCCACCUGCAUUUUGUGAUUGUUUUGCCAAUAAUGACUGUAAAAAAAAAAAUAAUAAUAAUAUUUUGUAUGUGAGGUUUGUUUAGAUGAACCUUUUCAUAAAGUCUAGUCUUGUGAAAUUGUAUUUUUUUGCCUCUGCUGGAGGCUGCAGAUUGUGAAAUGACCCAAAAGGCUGAUUGUCUUGAGUGUACUAUGUGCAUGGAGGAAGACAGGCUUCCGUCUUGGUUCUUGGAUCUAAUUAAGAUUUCUUCUUUAUCUAUGUAACAUCUUGGGGGGUUUCCUUGCCACUGUUGCCUUUGGCUUGUUCACUGGAGCUACUUUGGAAAAUUAUGUAUUAUAACAUUAUAAAAAGCACCAUACAAGUGAAAUUUAAUUUAAUAUUGUCAAAUACACAUCUCUUCACUACCUCACUCUUCAUCUCUUCUCCAUAGCUCGAAUAAAUAGUAGUAUUUAUUAUAAUGA